CUAGCCUCCAGAAAACAUUGAAUUCCUAAAAAAAAUCAAUCUCUGAAAAAUUUAAAUACCAUUCCAUUGUUUGUUCAAUUCGCUCAAGACAUGAAAGUAUGGUCAUACUCUUUCUUUUAAACAAGAAACGGUCUAUGCUUAGACAAGCCUGUUAUUAUACAGUUUCUUAGAUCUUUUUCGAUUCGCAGAAACAGAAAUCAUUUUAAAUUUUAAUAGCGAUUCUUUUGAUCGCUUGAUAAAGUUAUUACCGAUUCUGCUUUGCCUGACAGCUGGUCUUCUGUUUUUUAUUGUAAGUUUUUGCUGACGUCAAUAAUUAAUUUUUCAUAUUUACCAGCAGUUUUAUAGUGAUGCAAAUGUUUUUCAGCAGUUUUAUGGCUCGCAUUUACUUUUUACCAAAGUAGUUUUCAAACUAGUUGUGUUCAUGAAUAAGUGUGUAAAGUGCUUUCAAUAUUUAUUGUAACUUUAUUCAUUGGUUCAGUCAAGUCAAACCACCAAAAGUCUUUUACAUAAUCUUGCUUUUGCUUACGUGACUGAUUAUUGAGUUAUAAAAUUCAGAAAAUGAAACUGAGGUAAAAAAAAAAACUUGACAAGAUGCUGAGCGCCAGCAACCGUCAGAUUAUGAGUUGCCGAUCCGGGAUGUCCUUGGCUAGUUUGGUCUAUCUGGCAACAUCAGUGAUAUUGUUUUCUGCUUCGACAGUUCAAAGUUGUGACGUGAGCACGACUGUCUGCCUCGUCAAUGGCUCCAUCUCUUUCCCGCCGGCAUCCGGAACGCCCUCCAAUGUUUUGGUGGACACUGAGCCUGAUUUCGGACUUGCGAUGUCCAUCUACUUGGAGGAGAUAGUUAAGGGCUUCUUCAAGUUCGUCUUCCCUGCUGGACUUCCAUGGGACGGCAUUGGCGCCAUGGCACAGACGUUCCUGGGCACUGACAGCAACGAAACUUUACUUGCAGAUCCAAGCCUGGCUGACAAGAAAGGGGAUCCAUCAUACAUACUGGAGGAAACACAGACGCUGUUGUCGGACAACUACAGCAGCUACAUAGUGUUCACAGUGAUCGUGACCUUGAGUCUGCUCUUCGUUUUCUGCUGUCCACUUGUCAGCUGCUGCUUCUGCAUCUGCAGGUGCUGCUGCAACAAGUGUGGUGCCCAGAAGAGACAGAAGAACCCCACCACUGUAUGCUGUGUCGUUCUCCUCGUGGGAACCAUACUCGGAAUGGUGCUGGCCGGUUUGGGUGGGGCCAUGUUGACUGCAACGAACAAUCAGAUCACUGAAGAUAUACCAGACAAGGCCUUCGAGUUCCCACAAGACAGCAUUCAAACCAUCGGUGACUGGGUCAACAACGUCAUUUCAGACAUGUUUGACACUGGGACUUUGAUGUUCUCCAAUGUGACUGACAUCAUUAUUGCCGACAUGCAAGAAGCGGGAGAUCAGAUUUUCCAGCCGAUCAUAGACUGGCUGGAGGAUUCGCUGGCCUCAGAGUUUGCUGCCGUCGACACAGCCAUGGCGGACUACAGCAACUACUCUGGGAUAAUGGACUCACUUUAUGAUGACAUAUACUACGGGCGAAGCACUCAGCCUGAGAACAUGAAGGAGAUUAGCAAUGCCCUGGCUGCUAUCAGUGCUGCUCUUGGUGGGGAUGCCACAUGUAUGGGAGAUGCACCUUGCAGUAAUGUCAUAGCAGAGAUCGACAAACACAUCAUAGACGACAGUACUUACACCGGUGCAUACACGGAAACACCUGUGUCAGGGCCAAGCAUAGCGUCUGGUUUCAACUCUUCCCUACUUCUCCAAGAUGCUCUUACAAGGGCGGGCGAUACUCUGAACAACCUUACGGAGUCCCAAUUGGAUGCUCUCGAGCAAAUGAUGAAAACUACAAUUUCAAAUUUGACGGAUGUCUUGGAUGAAGCUCGGGAUGGAAUAACUGACACCAUCAACAAGUCGUUGUCCACUCUCACCGAUUCUCUGGAUGACAUCAGAGAAGACUCAGCCGAGUACGACGACUACAGGAAAGGAGUGGGUGCGAUCCCUAUGGCCCCUGCAGCACUGGUUUUCUUCACUGUGCUCCUGGGUCUCAUUCUCGGAGGCGCCGGCUUCAAAAAACACACGGAACCCCACGAAAGAUCAUCCCUCUCCAACGGUGGUGGAAAGUGCAUCUGUUUGGGAUCAGUGUGCUCGUUUCUGUUCGUGUGGUUCUACAUGAUUGGCUUCAUAUUCCCCCUUCUCAUUUUCUCAACCCCCCUCAUGAUCUGCCAGGGUCUCCAGUCCAACGAGAUCAUCGAAAAUAUAAUAGACAGGCCUUACUUUCUGGAUGGGGAGAAUGAGUACUACCUUGCUAAAUUGAUUCUGGGGAACAGUUCAAUCGAAUUGUCUAUCGCAACAGUUAUGAGUGACUGCAAGAGUGGAAAGACAGCCUGGACUGCAUUCCACGUGAACGAGUCCACCCUCUAUGACUACAACUCGUUUCUCAACUCAUCCAAGUUGAUCGAUGAUGCGAUGUCACAAUUCAACGACUCUUCUAACUUCAACUUCUCUGAAUUCGAAUUCAUUGACGGGGACUUUCAGAGUGACAUAGAUGAUAUCCAGGCCAACGAAGCUUCCUACAAGACAGCACUAGACAGUUUCAAGACUUUCGUCCAGAGCACCGUGGGUGUUUACUACACUCAGCUGAAUACAAACCAAGCAGCUACACCCACUGGGGUGACUGGCACCCCCUGUGAAGACUCAGCCACCGCUUGUGACUCACUCGAUACCAUUUUAACCAGUCUACAGGCAGUAGUACCGACUUCGUCUGCAAUUACUCAAGCCGAGACUGAUUUGAUAGCUGUCAUCGCAUCACGAGACCAAAUGAAGACAGAUCAGACGGACUUCGAGGCUGCUGUGGAUGCCAGCAAGACUGCCAUUGGGGACAUUGCGACAACAACUGCAGCUCUUGAAGUGGCAGUUGAUAAUGCACAGACUGCCCUGCAGACUAAUGGAACCGAUUGGAUACUCAACAAUACAGAACAAUACGCUCUGAAGUUGUUUGGCUGGUUUGACGAUACUUUUGCUUACAUUUUGAACGCGUUCGCCAAUGACAUCGGUGAGUGCGAGAGCUUCGUCAAAAUCUACGACGCCUUUUUGGUCUACAUGUGCGACUAUUUCUUGCUUGAACUGAGUGGUCUCUUCUUUGCCUCUGGAGUAGCUGCCGUGGGUCUCAUCACGCUUAUGGUUUUUGCCACAAAACUCUCGAAAUACUUCAAGCGGAUGGAUUUGCCGGAGGGAGUGGUGGGAGAGCCGAACGAGUUUGAGGCGGCGUACACUGCCGACAACUCCAAGACACUGGAGAACCCGCCAGAGAGGAGGGUGUACACUCCCAAGCAGACACCAGAGAGGGCGUAUACUCCCAUACAGAGGCCGACCAAAAGUAACAGGGUCGUCCCGGUGAUCACUGAAGCGGCACCGGCACCCGUCGCAGCCUCUGCUCCUCCUCCGCCUGCCUACGCGGCACCCCAGCCUCGCCCCAACUUCGGCUAUGUGUGGGACGCCAAAAAAGACUGGGAACCCUAACCAAUCAACGGGAUUCACAAUUAUAUCACGGGCUCACAAUAAAGAUCACAAUAACAAUACGACUGCAGAAACCAAUAUCAGCUGCUCUAUGGAAUAAUUAUUUUACUAUCAAAAUUUUACUUCUUACAAUCCUUCCCGUACAUUAUCUUCAAAAAUUCUAACAGACAAACGUGUAUCAUAUAUAAGAUAAUUGUAUUUUACC